AUGGGUUCAUGCUUAAGUGUUGGCUACUGUUUCACUAAACCGCCGUCUGAUUCUGUGUCGCCACCAUCAAUGCAGAGUUCUUGGCUGAGUAAAUUGUACUUGCAAAGCGAAGUUGCAGAAAUAAAUCACUCAAUUACGCCACUUGCCUUCUACCGAGAAUAUGUUUCGAAAAAUGUACCAUUAGUAAUAAGAGGUGCAAUAAAACAUUGGCCUGCUAUAAACAAAUGGUCUAUACCAUAUUUUCGUAAAGUGCUUGAUGACGAAAAGAUUUCAGUCGCUGUUACGCCAAAUGGCUAUGCAGAUGCAGUAAUUAAAGGAGAUGACGGUAUCAAGGAAUUUUUUGUAAUGCCCGAGAAACGUUUACUUACAAUAUCAGCGUUUCUUGACACAUUAGAAAACACGAUAGAAAACAGCGUAUUUUAUAUACAGAAACAAAACUCGAAUUUUAUACACAACUUUUGUAAGUUGUGGCCAGACGCAGAAAUUGAAAUAUCGUGGGCCAGCGAAGCAUUUGGAAAGCAUCCUGAUGCUGUAAACUUUUGGAUGGGAGACGAAAGAGCUGUAACUUCUAUGCAUAAAGAUCCUUACGAAAAUAUAUAUUGUGUUGUGUCUGGUGAAAAAAACUUUAUUUUACAUCCUCCCACGGAUUUACCAUGGAUUCCACAUCAAAAUUAUCCAUCUGCUGUUUACAAGGAACACAAACCCGGGAAAUGGAUUAUUGAGUCAAUCAAUGAUACGCUUGAUUCAGGAAGAAUCACAAAUUUAACAUCAACGCCAUGGAUAUGUGUAGAUCCUUUAAAUCCGGACUACGAAAAGUUUAGUGACACUAUAUAUAGCGUUUUUUAUUUUCAAAGUGACAUUUAUUUUCAAAAUUAAUAGA